AUGGCGACGCCCCCGCCCGCCCCCGCCUCCGCCGCCAUCGACGUGCAGAAGGGCUUCAGCGCCCUGACGCUGGACGCGCCCGUGCCCGCCGCCCCCGCGGCCGCCGCGCUGCCCAUUGACGAGAAGCUGGCCAAGCUCGCGGCCAUCACUGACGCGCCGCUGUCCGCCGAGGCCGAGGCCCAGCUGCGCGCGCUCUUCGCCGAGAAGACGCACCCCAUCGCCUACGACGGCUUCGAGCCCUCGGGCCGCGUGACGCUCGCCGCCGGCCUGCUGCGCGCGCUCAACGCCCAGCGCCUCAUGGACGCCGGCUGCCACGUGCGUCUGCUGGUGGCCGACACGCACGCGCUGCUCAACAACAAGUUCGGCGGCGACCUCAAGAAGCUGCAGAGCGUCAGCACCUACAUGGUGGAGGUCUGGAAGGCGCUGGGCCUGGACGCCGACAAGCUGCCGAACCUCGAGAUCAUGCUGGCCUCCACCGAGACGGCGCGCCACGCUGGCGCCUACUGGUCGCAGGUGCUCGACGGCGCCGGCCGCUUCACGGUCGAGCGCGUGCAGCAGUGCGCGCCCAUCAUGGGCCGCAAGACGGACGACGCCGUGCACAACACGAACCGCAUCCUGUACCCGCUCAUGCAGCUCGCCGACGGCUUCUUGCUGCAGGCGGACAUCUACCAGCUCGGGGCCGACCAGGAGCCCGCCAACGAGCUCGUGCGCGAGUACAUUGCGCAGAAGGAGCUGGAGAAGAAGCCCGUCUUCCUCUCCCACCCGCUGCUGCUUGGUCUGAAGCAGGACCAGUUCAAGAUGAGCACCACGGACGCGGAGUCGGCCAUUUACGUCGACGACACGGCCGCCGAGGUCAAGACCAAGAUCAAGAAGGCCUACUGCGUGCCCGGCGAAGUGGAGGGCAACCCGGUGCUCAACUACAUGAAGUACCUGGUGUUCCCCCUUCACGCUGAGGGCGUCACGCUUGAACGGAGUGAGAAGAACGGCGGCAACCUUACGUUCGCCACGUACGAGGAGCUGGAGACGGCGUUUGCAAGCGAGAAGGUCCACCCUGCCGACCUGAAGCCGUGCCUGACCAAGUACAUCAACGCGCUGCUCGAGCCCGUGCGCCAGCACUUCGCCAGCGGCCCGCUGAAGACGAUGUUCGCGAGCAUCAAGAAGCUUAAGGUGUCCCCGGUCCCGGAUAGCGACAAGAUGGCCAACCUCACUCUGCCUGGAUUCCCGGAAGCUGUCAAGGAGUGGAAGCCCUCGUCGCUGUCGCUUGAGGAGCGCUAUGCCGUGGCGCGCUCUGUGGGUGAGGAGUGCAUCCAGGAGAACGAGCUGCAGGCUCUGGUGGAGAAGAAGGAGCACCCCGUGUGCUACGAUGGUUUCGAGCCCUCUGGACGAAUGCACAUUGCUCAGGGUGUCCUGCGCACGGUGAACGUGAACAAGCUUACGUCGGCCGGCAGUGUGUUCCGCUUCUGGGUGGCUGACUGGUUUGCCAUGCUCAACAACAAGAUGGGCGGCGACCUGGACAAGAUCCGCCUGGUGGGCCAGUACAUGGUGGAGAUCUGGAAGUCGGUGGGCAUGGACAUGACCAACGUGGAGUUCCUGUGGGCGUCGAAGGAGAUCAUUGCGCACAGCGCUUCGUACUGGCUGCGCGUGAUGGAUAUCGCCCGCCGCACCACGAUCGCUCGCACGCUGAAGUGCUGCACGAUUAUGGGCCGCAAGGAGAAGGAGGGCAUGCAGGCCGCGCAGAUCAUGUACCCGCUUAUGCAGUGCGCUGACAUCUUCAACCUGAAGGCCGACAUCUGCCAGCUCGGCAUUGACCAGCGCAAGAUCAACAUGCUUGCGCGCGACUACUGCGACCAGGCGAAGAUCCGCUUCAAGCCCGUUAUCCUGAGCCACCACAUGCUCAUGGGUCUGAAGGAGGGCCAGGAGAAGAUGUCCAAGAGUGACCCGGAGUCGGCCAUUUUCAUGGAGGAUGCUGCCGAAGACGUGAGCCGCAAGAUCGAGAAGGCUUUCUGCCCCGAGGGCGUCGUGGAGUCGAACCCGAUCCUGGACUACAUGAAGCACAUCAUCUGCCCGCGCUUCGCCGCACAGGGUGUGACGGUGAAGCUGGCAGACGGCACGGAGAAGACGUUCGCCGCCUACCAGGAGCUGGAGGACGCCUUCGUCGCGCGUGAAGUGAACGGCGCCGACCUCAAGACGGCGCUGACCAAGUACCUGAACGAGAUUCUGGAGCCUGUCCGUGAGCACUUCUCGAAGGGCGAGGCCAAGGAGCUGCUCGCCAAGGUGCGCUCGUUCCGCAUCACGAGAUAAAUAGGAAGGACGUUGCGUUGCAGC